GUUUGUCAACAGUUGCCAUCCACCAUUUUGAUAAACACCUGUCAGGUGCGCUUAACGACGUUUGAUUGAGGAGGAAUACAACUGUGAGGAAGAGAGUCAAUCGAGUGCAAUUUACAGGCAAAAAGUUCUAAAAAUGACGACAAAAUGUAACGAAUGCAUUUGCGGGAAGCAUACCAGGCCCCAUGUACACACAGAUGUUAUUGGUCGAGGAGACCCCUCCCAGAAAUCAACAGAAUACAAUCAGACAUACAAACAGCACCCAAUCAAUCUUAGAGAAAGCUUCAAACCAAAUGCAGAGGCUAUGCAGGGUGGAAAUUUUGAGGAUAGAACCACAAAUAGACAAGAUUACAUCAAACAUCCCUUAGAGAAGCCAUUUGUAAGGGUCCCAGAUCAGUACCAAAGACCUGAUGGUGCAAUGGAGGGAAUGACAUCUUAUAAUAAAGAUUUUACAAAGAAGAUGGCACCACCUGCAACACAGAUUCGACAUGAUGGACAAAAGAUGCAAGGCGGUAGAUUUGAAGGGGAACCAACUUAUAAAGCUGAUUAUAAGAAAUGGGAUAUGUCUGGUCGUCCAGGACCUUAUGUUAGUAAGGAUGCAUGGGUACAACCAACCGCCAGAUUUGAAGGGGAGACAACUAUGAAUCAUGAUUAUCGUAAAUAUGCCCAGCCUCCUCGCCAAUCAAUGAAACCCCAAGAGGCAUCAAAAUUAUCUGAUGCACCAUUUGCUGACAAUACUGAUUACAGGCAGUCCUAUCAACCACAUGCUCUAGGGCCAAAAUUUGUACGGGAAAGAGAGCAGUACAAAGCACCAGGUGUACCUUUCGAUGGUGUCACAACAUUUAAACGAGAUUACAGGGGACCAGUUGGUGAACUUACAAAAAGUUUCAAGCCAGAUAAUCAAGCAUUCUCGUCAGGUCAACCAUUAGAAGAUUUAACAACUAACCGUAAAGAUUAUAUCAAAUAUCCAGCAUCAAAGCCAUAUGUUCACGUUCAGGAAGGUUACAAGAAACCAGAAGGUGAUAUGUUCAUGCAAACUACCCAUAAUUCAACAUACAGACAAUUGCCAUUGGCUAGAAAUGCCAUGAUGAGACCAACAGAUGCUGGGAAAGUCUCUAAUGCACCUUUCGAUGGUACAACAAAUUAUGCACAAAACUACAAACAGUGGCAAGUCAGGAGAGUGGAACAACCUGCUAGAGAUGGUUACCAUCCCAACAAUGCCCCAUUUGAAGGCAUGUCAACUCAGAAAGCCCACUACAUUCCACAUGGAAUGGUGCCAAAUCGCUCCUUCAAACCAGAUAACACAGCCUUCCAAAGUGAUGCUAAGUUUGAAGAUAAUACCAUGUACCGUCAAGAUUACGUUCCCAAACCACGUCCAUUAUGCCCAUGUUACGACUCUAGUGCUCCUAGUGUAACAUGCGCUAGACAUAAUGUAAUCCAAACUGUUACAAAAUUACCUCAAGGAAUGGCGGUCAGAGUAGCUUAAACUAACUUUAUUGUUCAAUUUCUUUAUGUAAAAAAUUAAAAGAAGGUUCAGUUCCAAUAAAAGUUGCUUUCUGCUUAUAUUUGAUGAGAUAUUUUUGGGGUACAAGUAGGGUACAAGUAUGAACUAUAUAUAUGAUAUAUGAACCUAACUUAUAUUUCAUAGCAUUGUUUUAUAUACUAGUAAAAAGAAGAAUAAAAUAUUUUUGUAGAUGAAAUGGAUUUUUGGGGGGAAAACUGAUAGAUUUUUGUCAAUUACUAACUUUAAAAACGUACGCAUAUCUUGGGGAUAGUAUUUCUAAUACUUCAAUCACAAUACUCUUCUUCAUAACCACUGAAUUUUUACUCUUAAAUUAAGUUAUCACCAGUUUGCAAUAAAUAGUGCUGCAGUGUAUAUUAAUUGUCAUACACCCUAAUCAUAUAUUCACUGUCCAUUCACAGAUCAUAACUGUUUAUCUCAUCAACUGAAAUAGUGUUAUGAUUUAUCUGUACACCCAUUAUGUUUUUUCUGGAAAAAAGAAUCAUGGGGAAAUUUUUGUUUUGAAAUUCUUUAGAAUAGGUGUUGUAUAUAUAGAAUAGAAAAAUUAAGCUCUACAAUGCUGAGUCUGUGAUAUAAAUCUGAUGAAACAUUUUGUAUUCAGUUUAAAUACAAAUAGAAAUGAGACAUCGAUUUUUGUAUAUAAUAUUAAUGAUUCAUAUUAAGAAUUUUGUUGUACUUUGCAAUUGUUUGUUAUACACAUGAGAUCUAUUUUUAUUCUUUUAAAUCAGAAUUCCUGCCAACCUUUCAGAUUUUCAUUAUACAUGUAAAUUCAAUUUGUUCCAGAGAGCUUUAAAUGUUUUGUAUUUGUUUUGUUUUUGUUGAAGCAUUAUAAACAGAUAUAGUUUAGUACACACGUAAUGUGCCAAACUUAUUGUUGUGUUUGUAGAUAUAUAUAUACUGGCAAUGGAAUAUGAAAAUCUUUUGUGCUUUAUUAAAAAAAAAAGAAAUUUCAACCUCUUCAACAUUGGCAAUAAUUUCCUCCUCAUUUUAUAUAUUAAGAGAAUAAUAUUAACUUAUGUUUGUUAUAGAAACAAAUAAAAAUGAAUUUAAAUAACAAAUGGUGAAAUUUCCUUCCUAAUAGUUUGGUUUUCUGUCAAACUCUUCAGUUACCAGACUAUUGUGUGAAUUUAUGGAUAGUCAAGUAUUCUGUAAAUUUGUUUAAUGUGCUUAUUUAGUGCAAAAUUCUGGCUUAUAGUAUCAUUUUGUGUCAUUUAUAAUAUUCAAUCUAUGUAUCUGUUUUACUGCCAAACUUUAUAUUGUAAAAGAAUUUAAAUUUUUAAGGGGGCUGUUGUCCAAGAUAUUCUGUAUGAAUUGUUGAGUUUGCAAGUAAAAUAUCUCAAGUCAUAUUGAAGUGAUUUUAUUAGAAAGCUACACAUUCUAGUGAAUUUUUCUAAUAUGCAUUCCCUAAAACAAUUCAUUAUUGCAGAUUUGACUGUAAUAUUUUUUAGUACACAGUUUUUUGGUUAAAACUGAAAAGAAAUGACAACAGGACAAUAUAAGCCCUCUGAUAACAUAGUCAAAGAGAAUACAAUGAAAUAAUGUGGCAACAAUGCCAUAGCAGAAAAAAAACAAAACCAUCAGUUGCCUAGCAGAGACAUUUAUAGAGAAGAAAAUAUUCCUCAAUCAUAUAAUUACUACUUAAAGGACUUUGCAGUUGGGAUACAACAAGAAAAAGUCUUCUGCCAUAUUUUCUUACUUAUGUGUUUCUCUUCCUGUGGAGGGAUAAUGUUAUGUCUUAGUUUUAAAUGUACAAGUUUUUGGCCUUAUUUGUAGAUAUAAUGAUUAAUAUAUAUAUUCAGGUAGUACAAUUUAUGUUGAUUUUUUUUGUUAUUUAUUUUAAUAUUCAAUGUGUCUUAUUUUUAUUCAUUAAAUCCCUACAGUUCAGUUAUGAACAGUAUUAUACUUAUUUUGGUACAAUAAUUUUUAAUAUUUCUACAAUCACAGUUCAAAUCUGCUGACAGUAUUUAAUGUACAAUGACAGUAUUGAUAGUUUGUUAUGAUUAGGAAAGAAAUGGAAAAUAUCUCAGAAAUUUUGUACUGGGAUAAUUAUUAAACCAAAUAAUUGAUGAUGAUAACGAGAUUUAAAGAAUAGAGAACAUAGUAUAUUCACAACAUAAUGUCAGAAUUUUAAAAUAUCACCAAUUUCAUUGAACAGAUUGAAAUCGAAACUCAUAUAAGUAUUAAGUGCUAUGAUGUCUUUUCAUUAUAAUUUUUUUUUAAGAAGGAAAAAAAGAGUUUUAUCAGUCAUAAAACAUGAUGCAUUUAAUAUCAAAUCUUCACCUGCUAAGUUCUGCUGUGAGAUAAUUUAUUUUUGUGGUUUGUUGAUCUUAUAAACAUUCCCCAUGUUCAAAUUGUUGCAUUUAGCAAAAAAGAUGAAAUCCAUACUUUAAGAUAGUGAUAUUUUAAGAUUAUUACAAAAACAUUCCUAGAUUUUAAAAUGACUAUUACUGCAUUUUUACAUACAAACUGCUUUUUCUAAGUCAUUCAUUAUUAUUUUUAGAUAAUAUUUAUAUAUUAUUUUUGUGAUAAUUUUACAAGAUAAAGCAUUUGUAUAUUUUUUUUAUUAACAAUCUGUCUAGAAUUAUUUUAAUUAAUACCUAUGUAUUUUUACAACCUAUUGAUUUUACAAUCCUUUACAAAUAAAAUGUCAGUAUAUAUAUCAUAUGUAGAUAUUAAAAUCUUUAAAAAAUG